GGAUCUGCGCAUGCCCACAACAUCGAAGGUAAACAAAGAGGAAAACGCGCACCCGGCCUGAGUCCUGCUUAAAACAUUAAACGCUGCUCUUCUAUCGGCCUUUCUACCUGAUCAAAACAUGGAUGUUAUAUUUUCAUGCCGAGCCAGUAUUUAUUAUGACCAAGGCGGUAGGAAAUACAUGGAGGAUUUAGUGACGAUGAAGCAGGAGGAUGAGCCGAGUGAGGAUGAACUGGACGCCGCUGAACGUGGCGAGAUCGCGGCACCAGCAAAAGACCAAAACCACGACGCCUCAAUCCAAGACUCCAUUCCUGGAUCUAUCACUGUUACCUAUGUUCAAGAUGAUGAUCCUAGCUCUACUCUUCAGCAGGCGUCGAUGCCCACCUCGUCUCGCUCGUCCAAACACACCCGUGGUCCGCGGGCUGUGUCUAUGUUCGCCGUGUUCGACGGACAUGGGGGUCCGGACGCUGCGCGCUUUGCUCGCGACCAUUUGUGGGGCCACAUCAAAAAACAAAGAGGCUUUUGGUCUGAUGACGACGACGAGGUGUGCGCGGCUUUGCGAAAGGGAUUCAUCUCUUGUCACCAUGCCAUGUGGAAAAAAUUACCGGAAUGGCCAAAGACGGUUACUGGACUUCCUAGCACAUCAGGCACAACUGCAAGUAUCGUCGUAAUACGACGUGACCGAAUGUAUGUUGCCCACGUUGGGGACUCAGCAGUAGUGUUGGGGGUGCACGAUGACCCCUUUGACGAGGUGAUUGGAGCGGUGGAAAUUACGCAGGACCACAAACCUGACCUCCCGAAGGAAAGGCAGAGAAUAGAGGGGCUCGGUGGCAGUGUCAUUAAAAAGUCUGGAGUCAAUCGGGUCGUGUGGAAGAGACCCAGACUCACCCACAAUGGGCCAGUGAGAAGGAGCACCGUCAUCGAUCAGAUCCCAUUUUUGGCUGUGGCCCGAGCUCUUGGUGAUCUGUGGAGUUACGACUUCUACAGCGGAGAGUUUGUAGUGUCACCAGAGCCUGAUACUGCUGUUAUCAAGCUAGAUUUGAAGCGGCACCGCUACAUCAUCUUAGGCAGUGAUGGGUUAUGGAACAUGGUAUCGCCGCAGGAGGCUGUGUCUAUUUGUCAGGACAAUGACAAUGCCAAGGUGAAGAACCAAAAGGAAAAUGUUUCAAAUGCAGUUCUGCUUGUGAACCAUGCCUUACUGAGAUGGCGUCAACGCAUGCUCCGUGCUGAUAAUACCAGUGCCAUUGUUAUCUGUUUGGAGCCGUUCGGGACAUCCAGUGAGUGCUUGCCACCUUAUGAGAUUGUGUAUAAUCUACAGGGACCAAAGUGUGGCUCUAUUCCCGAAUCUUGCACUGACUCUUUGCCAACUCAGGUCCCUUACACUCAAGGACAGCACAUCCCAGAGAAGAAAAAUGGCAGCUGUGAUACAAGCGCAAUAUUUGAAUCAUCUCCUGAAAGCCUUACAAGCUAUGAGGACCUGCCUUGUAAUGACUCAAUGGAAAAUGAGGCCAAUUGUGAUAGAGUGCCUACAGGCAAACGGAUGCUAGAGGAUUCCUCGUCGCCUGUGCUGAAGAAACCACGUCGUAGUUUGUCCCAGUCCCCUGUACAUGAGUCCUCAUGUACAUCCUCACAGAAACCGAGCAUACAGUCCUCUGCGAGGAGCGACGGCGAAAGUAAUGGUCAAAAACAGUCUGAAAAUGUCCAGAAGCUGCUUCAGCAGCAUGGGAAGACUACUGUAUGUGUUUGCUGACAUUUGUGGUCCUAUUACAAUGCAAUCUGUACAUUCAAGCUGGAUAGACAGACUUUAUUCAUAUAGUUCAUACAAGCUACUGAGAAACCAAAUCCUGAAGCAAGUAAUCAUGUCAAAAGAAAAAUCACUAACUUCCAUUCACAACACUCAUAUUUUAGUGUGUUUUAUGUAUGUUUUACUUCAGAUUUUGAAGACUAAUGAAAAGAAAACGUGUUUUGUUAGAUUUUAAACAAGUUUUAGUUUUUCCUCCAUUUUUGUAAUACUUCAGGUCUGUCAGGUAGGCAUGAUUGGUCAACUAGGGAUUUUUGCACUUUAAGUUGAAUUUGUGCAGUCUUUUUUGGAAGAUGGGAAGUUUGUGAAAAAUGACCAAAAAAAGAAACGGUAUCUUCUAAGAAGAUAAUUCCCUGCAGCUUACAUGUCAUCUGUUU